CUGUCAAAAGGAUCGUUUGAGGCCAGACUGAAUCUCCUUGGAACACAAAAUCAAUGUUACAACAUACGUCCUUACGGAAUAGAAUAACAAAGUUAGAGAUACGAAUUUACCUCCAAUGUUGAGGGUCAAACACGAAAUCUUGAGGGCUUAAUCUUAAAGAACAUUUGAAUGUAACCAAUAAUCUCGAGAGUUGUCUUUAAAGUUGAAAGUUCGUCUCGGAAAACGGUUAAGUAUGACCAUUAAAGCCAGAGAAAUAAUAAGGGUAGGCCUCAAAAACAGAUGAACUUAACCAUUAGAGUAAAAUGUUAUCCGCAAGGACAAAACUCUGCUCGAAAUGUUACGCUGCCGAGUCGCCAUGCUCUCGAUGCGUUUCCCCGAAUUAUCAAUGUCGUCAAUCUCACCGGGCGCGCAUUUCGCAAGGUACCCAGUCCCAAAGAGAUGGAUGCCCAGUGAUUUGGAAGUCAACAAGUUCGAAGGAAACAUGCUCACCACCUGAGAUAUUCCGGUGCUUGCUUGACACCCUGUCUGAAAAGCGAGAUACUCCGUGGCAGCAGCCCAAUAGUUUUCAAAAUCACGGUUACGAAGGUUUUCCCCGACGCCAGGAAGGUUCUUGACCACCUCGAUGCCGAGUGACUCCAAGUGCAGAUAGGUAUAAUUUUGUACAUGAUAAUUCUCUGGUAUUUCAGCGAUUCGGAAACACCGUGAAAAUUCAGUUCGUAACCACGAGCUUUUUUUCCCCGAGUCGAUUUCCCCCUGACAUGAUUGUAAACAUGGACGUAACGCGGCUAUCUACUUAUCGGCACGUUUCAAGAGUCCCAGAUGCGAAGACUGGCGAUAAAAUCAAAGCACUCAGGAAUUUAGAGGGCCACUAAAUCCCCACUUGCUGGAAUUUCACUCACUAUUACGGACAAAGCGGAGCUUUACGCAGAUUUUCGUAGAGUUAGCAAGCUUCGCAAGUCCUGCUGAACGCGUAUUUAACUUUCUGGUUGCAGGAACAAUUGAUUCUCCGAACAUCGCCGGCAGUGUUACUCAAUUACAGAUUUCUCGAUAUUAUCCGCUGCGAAAUUUGAGGUCGGAGCGAAAUGUUGAAACGACGAAGUUUCUACGUUCUGAUCGGCCUCGGAUCUUUUUUCCUGCUGUUUUUGAUGCUUGACGAGAGAUUUGGCAGCCCUUUAGUGUAUCAAAUACAGCCGACGGCUGCUGUUCCACAUACGAAGCAAAAGAAAAUCGCACCAAAAGAGAAGCUUGCGAAGAUUCAGAAACCAGUCGAGGUACUGUUAUUGCCAGAUACUGCAGGUGUUAAGAAAAAACUUAAACCGACAUCGUCAGAAAAAAUUCUGGAGCAAAUCAUUAGUACGCAACGAAAAUUGAUCAGCAAAGACAUGAAGGGCUACGAAUAUCCCGAUGGAAAAUAUAACAUAAGUGCCAGUAAGCUCGAGGAUUUGGUGAUGGAAAAACAUGGAAGACCGGUCAGAAGUUUGAUCGUGACAACAUGGCGAAGCGGAAGCACAUUUUUUGGCGACAUUCUUAACGCACAUCCGGCAAAUUAUUACCACUACGAACCGCUGCUGGCUUUCGAUAUCGUUCAAGUCCGAGGUCCUCCCUUGUCUUCGAAGGCUUUGAAGUGGGUCAAGGAUUUGCUCAACUGCGAAUACGAAGACCUAGGUGAAUAUAUCGACUACGGAAAACCACAUCCGUGGGUUUUCAAUCACAAUACGAAUUUGUGGAAGCAGUGUGAACGUCACAAAGGGGUCUGCUAUGACUACAAAUUUCUCAGCUCGAUGUGCAAGCUCUUUCCAUUCCAAUCGAUGAAACUUGUACGACUGAGGUUACGAAUCGCACAGGAGCUUCUUGCGGAUGAAAAAUUAGCUGUACGGAUGGUGUUGUUGGUCAGAGAUCCUCGAGGGAUUCUUCAGUCGAGAAAACAUCGAGACUGGUGUCCUUCGAGUCCUGAUUGUUUCGAUCCAGCUUUGACGUGCGCGGAUCUUGUCUCAGAUUACAAAGUUGCUGUUGAACUACUAAAAAAGUACCCAACCAGAUUCAAGGUGAUACGAUACGAAGAUCUUUCCCUGGAUCCGUACAAACACGUUGAAGAACUUUACAAGUUUUAUGGACUCAACCUUCACCCGAGAAUGAAAAAAUUUCUCGAUUCUCAUACCAAAGCCAGCAAGGGUGGAGUAUCGAGUACAUUCCGAAAUUCAGCGAUUGCUCCGUUUCAUUGGAGAACGGAAUUGGAAUUCGCGGAAGUAGAAGAAAUACAAGAAUACUGCACCACCGCAAUGAAAUACUGGGGUUAUGUUCCGGCAAUGAACGCUACUCAUCAGAAGGAAUUCAACCCUGUUACAAACUACGCGUUGAAAUAGUAGCUCGUUUUAUUUUUUUCCCUUUUUUUAGUAGAAGGGAUUUCGAAAAUAUCGACAGACUCCAAUUUCUAACGGACAUUCGAAGGGAUCUUCAAUGAAAAAGUGUUUUAAACCGAUUGGAUCUAAUUGUAAGAUAAAAACAAACUCAAAUAUUAAUUUAUUUUAAUUUAUAAUUUAUUCAAUGUUAUCUAUUUAUGUCCACAAAAUUUGUUUCGAAACCAAAUUUAUUGUGAUCUAUGAUCGGUCUAUAUUCGAUUUUACAGAUCUCGUUUUUGAUAAAUAAGGUUUUCCCCAGAACAUUCCAAAUAAGUUUACAUUAUUGUAUAUGAUUCAGUUUGAAAAGUCUAAUGGAAAACUUGCACUUUCAAGGACGGUUGAAAAUAUGGAAAAAACCAUCCUUAUACCUAAAUUGUCCAGUCUUAGAAUGACAUUGAUUCUCCCCACCAGUAGAAAUUUCAUUAUUAUUAUUUUUAUGAUGAUUGAUAAGAGGAGACCUCGCGUUCUGCAAACUGUAAUUAUUAUUCAGUCUAAGCUCUGCCGGCCAUAAUACAGAAGUAUCAGUUGAUAUUCGCUUGAUGAAAACUUCACGGUGUAGCUGUAAAUCGAAAAUACCUAUUUUUAUAAAGCAGUUUGUCCGAAGACACGUGGAGGUUGAUAAAAAUUAAUUACUAGUUGUGAAUGCAAGUGUUUCAUAAUUUUAUUCUCAUUUAGCACAGUGACAUUUGAAUAAGCCUGCAUGGAUCAUCGACUUUUUUGAUUUCGUCUAAACAUUUAACACUAGGUAUCGAAAUUUGUGCAUGUGUAACAAUAAUUCUGUCUGUAAUGAAUUAAGUUCGUGAAGCGUUUUCGGGGAAAAUAACUGCAUCGUUUUUUGUUGUUGUCGGUGUCUUCGAUUAAGGUAAAGCACAAAAUAAAAUUUUUACACAGUU